GAAAAGUUUACAGUCAUAUGAGCCAAAUGUGAUCAGGUGGGACAGUCAUGAACAGUUUGUUUCCAGCUGUUAUCAGGCAACUGAACCAUCCUACCAACAAUUCAUAGCAAAAGGAUUUGAUUCAUAGCAAAAGGAUUUGAUUCAUAGCAAAAGGAUUUGAGUAUAGGAGCAGGGAGGUUCUACUGCAGUUGUACAGGGUCUUGGUGAGACCACACCUGGAGUAUUGCGUACAGUUUUGGUCUCCAAAUCUGAGGAAGGACAUUAUUGCCAUAGAGGGAGUGCAGAGAAGGUUCACCAGACUGAUUCCUGGGAUGUCAGGACUGUCUUAUGAAGAAAGACUGGAUAGACUUGGUUUAUACUCUCUAGAAUUUAGGAGAUUGAGAGGGGAUCUUAUAGAAACUUACAAAAUUCUCAAGGGGUUGGACAGGCUAGAUGCAGGAAGAUUGCUCCCGAUGUUGGGGAAGUCCAGGACAAGGGGUCACAGCUUAAGGAUAAGGGGGAAAUCCUUUAAAGCCGAGAUGAGAAGAACUUUUUUCACACAGAGAGUGGUGAAUCUCUGGAACUCUCUGCCGCAGAGGGUAGUCGAGGCCAGUUCAUUGGUUAUAUUUAAGAGGGAGUUAGAUGUGGCCCUUGUGGCUAAGGGGAUCAGAGGGUAUGGAGAGAAGGCAGGUACAGGAUACUGAGUUGGACGAUCAGCCAUGAUCAUAUUGAAUGGCGGUGCAGGCUCGAAGGGCCGAAUGGCCUACUCUUGUACCUAAUUUCUAUGUUUCUAUGUUUCUAUUAGAGAGCAGCCCGAGCUACUAUCUACCUCAGUGAAGACCCUCGGACUAUCCUUAAUCAGACUUUACUGGACUAUAUUUUGCACCAACUGUUAUUCCCUUUAUCCUGCAUCUGUACACCGUGGACGGCUCGAUUGUAAUCAUGUAUUGUCUUUCCGUUGUCUGGUUAGCUUGCAACAAAAAGCUUUUCACUGUAUCUCGGUACACGUGACAAUAAACUAAACUAAACUAAACUGGACUAAAGGAGGGGUUGAAAGAUGAUCAAUGGUGAGACGCUGGGGAUGAACGAUGAUUAAUUGGAUGACCAAGUGGGAUGGGAAGAUCAUAAGGAUAUAUGGUCAUAAGGAAUAGGAGUAGAAUUAGGCCAUUCGGCCCAUCAAGUGUACUCUGCCAUUCAAUCGCGGCUGAUCUAUCUCUCCCUCCUAACCCCGAGUUAGCAGAUUAGUAGUUAGUAACCCCAAGAUAACAGAUAGUACAAUGAUGAUGACUGAAAGCCAAUGAUGGGACCAAAAUCUCAUCUGAUGUAACCAGGGAAGAUUUGGGGAAGAGGAGGUAAAUAUACUGGGAAAUGUCUCUCCCCCUCCCCCACCGCUGUCGAGAGAUCAAUUGCUAUCCUGUGCUGCCCCAGACUUGAGGUGACCUGAGCAUUACCGUAAUCCCAGGGAUUAUAGAUGACCUGCCCACCAUCUGGCUGACCUCCGUCAGACGUAAAUAUCCCAAGGAGAGCAGAUUAGUUGGGCUCACGUCAGGUUGAGGAGAGCUCAAAAACUGACGUGGGGAAGGUUUAGCGUAACGAUAGCGAAGGCAAGUGGUUGUGUCCUGGUUAACCACUGCCCCCUCCCAGAGCCCCUUCCCACUCCCAUCCCACCUUCCGGAUGGUUUGGAUGAGUAGGUUGCCGCAGGUCUCUUCUGAGAGAUUGCUGACAGUCCAGUUUGCAGUCCAGGAGUGAGGGGUGGCUGGUCUCGGAAGGAUGGCUUUCCGCAACAGUCCGUGGAGGAACCACAACAGCACCUUCCCCGUCAAAGAGUCUUACAUCUCGGAGCAAGGAGAAACCAUAAUUGGCAUCUACCUGCUGAGCCUGGGCUGGUUAUCCUGGUUUGGAAACAGUGUGGUGAUGUUUGUGCUGUUCAGACAGAGGGCAACUCUACAGCCACCAGAUUACCUGACCUUUAACCUGGCCAUCUCAGACGCCAGCGUUUCCCUCUUCGGAUACUCCCGUGGGAUUAUGGAGAUUUUCAAUGUAUUUCGAGAUGACGGUUUCCUCAUCACAUCCAUAUGGACUUGUCAGGCGGAUGGAUUCCUCACGCUGCUCUUUGGUCUGGUGAGCAUUAAUUCACUGACAGUGAUCAGCAUCGUAAGAUACAUCAAAGGCUGCCAUCCAUACAGAGCUCACUGUGUCGGCACUGGGAGUAUAAUGGUGUCACUGAGCCUGGUCUGGGUUGCUGCUCUCUUCUGGUCGGGUGCCCCGCUGUUCGGCUGGGGCAGUUACAGAGACCGCCUGUACGGGACGUGUGAGAUAGACUGGGCCAGAGCCAUGUUCUCCACCCUUCACAAAUCCUACAUCAUCUCUGUCUUCGCCUGCUGCUUCUUCCUGCCCGUCUCCGUCAUGGUCUUCACCUACGUCUCCAUCAUCAAGACGGUGAAGUCCAACCGCGCGCUGGCCGUGGACGGUGGCGUGGGAGAGCGCCAGAGGAAACUGGAGAGGGACGUCACCGCUGUUUCCAUGGUCAUCUGCACGGCGUUCAUCGUCGCCUGGUCUCCCUACGCGGUGAUCUCCAUGUGGUCAACGAGUGGCCGCCACGUCCCCGCCCUCACCAGCCUGCUCGCCAGCCUGUUCGCCAAGUCCGCCAGCUCCUACAACCCCCUCAUCUACUUCGGCAUGAACUCCAGGUUCCGCCGGGACGUGUGUGCGCUGCUGCCCUGCGCCGCCGGCAAGGAGGGGGUGAAGCUGAAGCGGGUGAAGCGCUGCCCGGAGAUGGAGAUGGAGAUGGAGAUGGAGAUGAGCCCGGAGCGGGAGAGAUUUGAUAAUGAAGAAGUCAGCGUGAAUUAUGUCCUGAAAGUGAAUCCAAGGACCUUCUGCCUCAGCCAGCGUUACUGA